AGAGAGAACUGUUUUUUCGCUUGAACUUCAGACCGAAGGUUAUUUAAUAUGCGGAUCUCCGUGAUUUACUAUCACCGGAAAUUUCUUCAAAACUUGCAAGCAUUUCGUCCGUUGCACCGACUAGGAGGAGGGAAGCCGCGCAACGCGACCCGAAGAGAGGCUCAGACAGAGGAAUGCCGGAGCCGCACAGCGCUCGCAAGUAGACAAGCCACGAAGACAGAGGACGCGCCAUCAAAAUGGCAACCCAAAUCUGUGUUGAAGAACUGUUCGCCGUUCCAGCGCAUGUCCUCUACGAGGCCUUUCUCGAUCCUCACCAAAUGAUGCGAGUGGGCUUGGGUGCCCCCGCUGAGAUUGAUCCGAAAGUAGGAGGCCGCUUCUCGUGGUUUAACAAGAGCAUUGAGGGCGAAAUAACGGCGUUGACGCCAAACAAGGAAAUCCAGGAGAAAUGGAGAUUUGCAGAAUGGGAGCCGAUGGUUUACUCCGAUGUAAAGAUGAAGUUCGACGCUGAAGAGUCUGACACGACCCGUUUAACCAUCGAACAAAGUGGGAUCCCACUUACAGACAAAUUCGGAAACGGCAACUGUGAUGUCCGGGUGCGGGAAGGCUGGAGGCAGCACAUCCUAGACCGAUUCGAGAAAGUUUUGGGAUACCCGCGUCAGAAAUGAGGGCAGGUAGAGGCUUUGCACUGCGCACUUGAACGAACACAAAUGCGUAUCUUGUGAUCGGUCACCCUCGCUGUCGAAGAUUCGCUUUUCGGGAGAUUUCUUGCCUGCUUCUGUUUGAACUCAAGCGCGUCAGGCAGUCCUUGCUUUUUGACCGGGCACUGCAUGAAUUAGAAACGCUCUUGGCUGUUUCUGGAAGUCUCUUGAUUUGGUUGACCUCGAGAAGGCGCCAGGUGGACAGAGGAGGAAAGUCGUAGGCAGUCCUUGGAAGUACGGCGAUUUUUCGAACAUCUAACCCUUCUGUGUCCUGUAAUAGAUGCCAUGUUGCUCGCGAAAUGUCGGUCGGGCUUGGUCUUAAGCAGUCCAGUGGGGUGAACGUGGAAGUACCAGAAACAGCUGUAUAGCAGACGCUUUUCCGAUAUCGUUUUUUUUAUGGCUUUGGUUAAAUAGCAACUCCGAUGUUAUUUCAAGAAACGUUGCAAAACUGACGCGGAAACCGACAGCGUCAAUUGUAAAGGGUGGAUUCCCGGAGGGUUCACGCAAUGAGGUGCAAGGCAGACGUCAACGAAGCAAAAGUGCGAAUGCAUCUCAGAAAAACGAAACCAUCGAGGCAGGGUGAGUGCUUGUCUCUUAGAUCACGAAACCAACUUUUUCGAUUGUAGUCGCAAGGCUGUCACAUCCCAGGAUGUGGCCGCUGUAACAUCGCAUGCACAGCUGCAACGAUACAUUCGACAGCUAUUCACAGAUUUGAGGAUAAUCUCGAAGGGAUCUACCCUCACCUUGCCGCUGGAUUUGAGUCAUCAAUAACUUAUACUGUCACUGACUGCGCCGCAGAUGAAAAUAGCGACCGAGUGGCACAAAGCGACUUUCUGUUUUGUACAUUACAUCACUGUCAUUUUUGUGAGGAUGCACACCACAACUGUGAGAGGUCAGUGGAUGGGAGGAGGCCGCGUCACCCUGUGUUUGAAUGAAACCUGACUCCAGAGUUAAGCUUGCCCGACUCUUGUGUUCCAAGCCUCCUUGCAAGGUCGAAGGACUAUGGAUUAGGGAUGCAGCACAAGUUAAUAUCCAGCCUAUCUUCGAAAGACCAAAAGUUGUGUACAGUCUGUCCAAAUAUCAGGUGUUUGCACGGAAAAUCCUCAUGUCUAUCAACGUAUAUAUCGCUUUUCCUACAAGCAGCUUUUUGUUUGAUUCGCAGGGUCGGUUUAAUGUCCGUUAUACUUUGAAGAUAACCUGGGACACUUCUUGUCUUCGCUCACAUGGUCUGUCGGAAGUUAACAAGGAAACGGCUGCAUACGGUUUCAAGUCUUAAGCGCUGUGGUGCACGUGGAUUGUCAAAGCCUGAAGGUGAUGCUGCGCUGCAUUUGCGAACGAUGCACCGGACCACGGACCGAAGAGAAUAGCGAAAACCUCGUGAAUUCCGUGGAAUCACCGUGCAGCAUUUCGCCACGUUGUACAAAUCUGCAGUCUAAGAGCAAGUGGCCGAGCAUGUCAAGACAGAAGGGGUUUGGACACUGGGAAAACUUUCCGCAAGUUCAUUGCAGCUGUGUUUCCUGUACCCGAAAUCGGCGCGAUGUCACGUGACCGCCAUGCGGCAAGCUCAACAUCCGUGGGUCCGACUGUGUAACGUGUCCGUUUGUCACAUGAACGCGUGGGCAAGUCUUUUGGAUUUUUGACUAAGAUAUCAUUGAUUACGCGGUGUGAAGAGGAGCGUAUCGUUUUUGUCUGUACACAGCUGUAUGGCAGUAGCUUCCUCAUCUCAGGACAGUUGUCGCUAUCUGUGUGAAACCUUCUCGGGCUGGCGAUAUGCGGCGUCCGUCGCGAGGAGGCUUCGUACAUAUCUGUGAGUGCUGGUCAGGGUUUACUUAGUGCUUCUCGACAAAGAGGACAAACAAAUGCAGAAGUGUCAUUCCUCUCUUUGACAAGGGAGGGACCAGCGAGUUGUCCACAUUCUGUGGUUACUUUACCUUACGCUUUUCUCAACUGGACCGUUUUUCACCGGUGAACAAAAGCACCACCACGCUCCAAAAUCACUUCGUUUUUAUUGUAUGUCUCAACGUUUUUCGGGUUUCUCCUGGCAGAUGUGCAUCUCUGUUGUGUUCGUCGGUGUCCGCUUUGCAUCAGGCAUGUAGUCGAGUUGUCGUUCGGAACCAGGAGCCUCGACGUUAUGCAUGCGCCGAUUGUUUUGCCAAAAGUGCCCGAUUUUGUACACUCAUGGGGACUUCAGUGUGAUCACGUGCAAAACACUGGUGUUCAGACCCGUGCGAAUCUUCCGUCCACCCCGCCUUUCCAGUCUUGCACCCGGAAAGAAGUCCCACUGCAGAAGGAGGCUGAAUCGAAAUGUGAUCAGCGGAUGGGUGAAUAUUUGGGUACAUAGUAUGACUGUCUUGAUUGUCGUUAGCAGGGCGCUUCUACAAUCACGCGCUGGAGAGGACCUAUGAUCGUGGUAUGCGGCGGUUACCGGCCAUCUUCACAGCUGACAGUGGCACUGGAGUCAAUUACCUGAUCUGUAACGAUGACAUGGCCGUUGUGUAUCUCGUCAAAUCAUCUUGAGCGCAUCUGCUAGCGAAACGAUCCUCAGGGCUAAACUAUGAACGGCUUGCUCGUUGCCGAUCCUUAAUGUUCUUGAUGAAG